AUCAGUGUGUUUCCUGCUACGCGCGCGUUUCCGCUAUUUCGUUUAUUGUUUACGAAACGGUUUGACGUUUCUGUUGCAUAUCCUAUUAAGGAUUAGCACUCCUGUGCUAUCAUUUAUUACAUUUUUCUUAACAUGUUUCGUGCAGCUGGGUUUUACAUUUUUUAUAGCGUAACAGAACAAGGCGACUGAUCCUAGGAAAACUCGCACGUUUUAGAAACGUCUGCUAGCCAUGCCGUUGCUGCUCGGGGCCACUGGAGUCGGAAAGACGCUGCUAUUGAAAAGACUGCAGAAGAUAAGCGCGCAGGACAGCGGCGCGGAGCUCGGGAAUCCACCGGCUACGUUACCGACAGUGGGCACAAAUCUGACGGACAUUGUCGUUGAUAAGAAGAAGGUUACACUGAGAGAAAUGGGGGGCUGCAUGGCACCAAUAUGGCCCAGUUAUUAUGAAGACUUCGACUCUGUUAUUUUUGUGAUCGAUGCUGCAAACCCCUUCCAGAUCUCCUCAUCCUGCAUUCAGCUACUGGAAGUCCUCUCUGCGCCAGCUCUUGAAUCGGCCACAGUCUUGAUUCUCUUUAAUAAAAUUGACCUGCCCUGCCCCGUGUCUCUGCUGGAAAUGAAAUCUUUGUUUCGACUGGACAGCAUCAUCUCCUGUGCCAAGCAAUCAAUCACGGUGCUGGAAAUGAGCGCCCGGAGCGGGCAGGGACUUCAGGACGUUCUCGCUUGGCUGCAGUCCGCUCAGAGGAGGUGAAGGAACACAAAAAAGGGUCUGCAACAGCACUUUAAACGCAAUGAUGUUUUAAUGCCGUGACAGCCUACAAAUCUACACUAUUGGGCUUUUUCUUCUUAUUUUUUAUUUAAUUGUUAUUUU